AUGAAGCAGAAAUCUCGAGAUAAAUGGAUAAAGCUAGGGGAUUCUAGUACAAAAUACUUUUCUGCUGUUACAAAAGAAAAGAAUCAGAGGAAACACAUAGUAGAACUUACUUCCCUAGCAGGUGUCAAGUUAACUAAUCCAGUAUAUAUUCAGAAUGAAAUUGUCCAAUUUUACCAAGGGUUGAUGGGAACAGCUGCUAGGAGUUUGCCUCCAAUAAACAAGAUCACUAUGAGAAAUGGCCCUGCCCUUUCUCAUGAGCAGCAGCAAGGUUUGUGUGUAGAAGUUACAGAAGCUGAAAUUUGUGCUGGACUGAAAGAUAUUGGGGAUGAUAAGUCCCCCGGAACCUCAAGAAAGCCUACAAUUCUGUUGAAUGGGUGUUCCCACUUUCCUGAGAAGUUCAUUGCCUGGCUGAUGGAAUGUAUUCAAACUGUCCACUAUUCUAUCAUUGUUAAUGGGGAGCCAACUCCUCCUUUUAAUGCAGCUAAAGGUUUGAGGCAAGGUGAUCCCAUAUCACCUUACCUCUUUGCCAUUGCGAUGGAGUAUUUAAGUAGAAACUUGAAAGGACUAAAACAAGGUCAAGGGUUCAGAUUUCAUCCAAAAUGUUCCAAGUUGAAACUAACACAUCUAUGCUUUGCAGAUGAUUUAUUGUUGUUUACUAUAGGAGAUUUGACAUCUGAUUACAAGCUAACCUUGACAAGAGUCUUUGUUUAUUUUGGGGGUGUGGCCCUACCUGAGCAAAACAGGAUUCUUACUCAUCUUGGAUAUACUAAAGGUACUCUUCCCUUUAGAUAUUUGGGUGUCCCCUUGUUAUCCAAAAAGCUCACUUUGAUGCAAUGGCAACCUCUCAUACAAAAGAUGACUUCUAAAAUUUCUGGAUGGACUGCUAAGAAGUUAUCUUAUGCAGAUGCUAUUUGUCGAAGUUAUGUUUGGUCUGGGGUUAGCACUGUCACUAAGAAAGCGCUGAUUUCUUGGGAUAAGUGGAUGAUUGGUAAUGGGACAGGCAAGUCACAGGCUUCACAUAUCUUUCAGAUAAUAUAUACAGAAGCUUGCCAUGCUGUGUGGUUGGAGAGGAAUCAGCGAGUCUUUGAAAAAAGAAGUAGAGAUAUUGAUGUCUUUGUUAGAGAAGUAGUCUAUAUAUGUAAUGUUAGAGCCUCACGUAGAUGCGGUUCUCUUGUCCAAUCUUGGAUGUUGACAUAG